GGCAACGGCGACCACAACACGCCUCGAUGAGCUUGUGGACGGGGAUAGGUCGCCAGCGUUCCCACAGCAAUCGUCAGGUCGACCUGCGCCGGGCGGGAGAAAAGGAGGAGCGCGCACUGCAAAACGGAUCGACUUCCUAGAGGCCGGGAGGGUGUCGUCGGCACCGUCGCACGCAGCGGUGGCGAACCCCGCAGCCCCAUUGAACGCUUUCGUGAAGCGCCUGCAGAGGCUGGAGUCGAAGAGCUACGCGGAAUGGUGUCGCCAGGGCGGGUACGCAUAAUAAGCGGGGCAACUGAGUGCGGGAAGAAUUUUAAGUGUGGGAGGCUGGAAUGCUGUCAAUGACAGAGAGCCUAGCUGUGCUGUGUGGGUGAUGUUUUUCGUGCUUUCGCUGGAAUAAGGCGCGUGAAAUGGGGGCGUCGAUGAACACUCUCAGGCUUGGAAAGGGGUGGACACGGACUUCUAGCUUCUUGAGGCUAGUUGUUAGCAUUAGCAUUGUUUUUCUUUUCAUUGCUUCAGUGCUUGGUAUCGGUAUUUGCGGCUCGGCUUCCGUCGAGUGAUUGGGAGAAAUGUGCUCCGGUAUUCUUUUCUUCGGGGGGGGGGGGGGGGGGGCG